GGCUUCACUUUCAAAAGAUUACCUGUUUUGUUGUAAGAAACAAACGAUUGGAAAAAAACCCAGUGGGUCAAGCAGCAUCUAUGGAGAUAAAGAAUUGUCGAUACUUCGGGUUAAGACCCUGAAUCGGAACUGUUGAAUUUGAAAAUUGAUUAUUUCUAUGUUGUAAACUUCUAUGCAUCGAUUAUAUACAUUAGUGCGCUGGAGGUUUACCAGGUUAAUUCUUGAAUUCUGAGGUUUUAAGAUAUAAGGGGUUAAUGAACGUGUCACUGACAAACAUCCGUGAAGUUGAGACAAUCUCACGCACACUGGUACAUGUAUCUUUCACAAUUUCCCAACUUUUGUAUACCGGAAGUAUCAUACACACACUCAGAACCAUGGGGGUGGGAGAUUGCAACAUUCACGUGGUCCGCCCUGUUUCAACAAAUGCUAUUAACCUGUGUGCACAAUCAAAUAAGAUCAAAUGGAACAAGUUGUCCUACAACUUUAGGCUGUGCACGCCAUACGCAAGAAGACUCAGAACCGUAACAUAUACACAUCACAAACAAACUGAAACACCAGUCAACAUUAUACUCACCAUGCAUGAGUCUGGUGAGCUCUUGAUCAGAGCAGGUGGUUUGAAGGAAGAAGAACGUCCAGAAAGUGGGAUUUUUUUUUAAUAUGCUAACAAGAGUCAGGACAUGCAUGUUCUUGUUCGAGUGAAGGUCGUUAGAGCAGGUAUUAUCACAUUUAAAAACAUCUGGAGAGGAACAUGGCUAGGAUAGAAUAGAAAAAAAAUAUCGUCCAAAUGCAGGCCGGCGGGAUUUGUAGAUGGGGUCUGUUUCUAUGCUAUAUGAUUCUAUGACUAUGACAUAUUCACAAUCACAUACAUGAUUAACAAAUCACAAUUAAACAAUAAUUACAAUUACACAGCACACACAACACGCUGUGUGUAGUCAUAGACACACUAUCCACACACAUUCACACACCACGCAUGAUCAUAAUCACACACCUAUUGUAUAAUCACAAUUAUACACAUUACAGCCACACAUUCACACAAAGGGUGGUGGUGUAUGGAACAAGCUGCCAUGGAGGUAGUUGAGGCUGGGAAUAAGAAAUAGUUAUACAGGUACAUGGAUUGGAAGGUUUGGAGGGAUAUGGACCAAGUGCAGGCACGUGCGACUAGUGUAGCUGAGGCAUGUUGGCCGGUGUGGGCAAGUUGAGCCGAUGCGCCUGUUUCCACUCUAUAACUGACAUCCCACAUGUACAUCGCAAUUACAAUCACACCACAUAUAAUCAUAUUCACAGACUGUGCAUAUUCACAGUCACAUACCAUAUAGAAGCUACAAUUAUACAGACAAUACCAAUUAUAAACCACAAGAUCAGUCAGACAAUCAACAUAGAGAUUACAAUUGUAAAUACACAAUCAGUCAAAUGAGCUAUAUAUGUCAUAAUUACAAUCGCAGUCACACUAUCCACACAUAGUGUAAAUUACAAGUAGACACACAAUGCCAAUCACAAACCACGCUUAUUAGCAGCCACACAACACAUGUAUAAUCACAAAUGCAGUCGUUGACCACAUCCAUGCCUCGCACACUUUCUCACGCCCAGGUGUUCAGAUGCGAGCGGCUCGUCGUUGCCGGAGCCGAGGUGAGAGGGCGGCGGUGUCCGAGCGAGGGCAAGGCGGAGGCGCUGGGGCUGGGAGGUGUGGUCGGCAGCCGGUCGGUGUUGAUAGGGCAGCCGCCUGCCACCUCGCACUCACUCCGCCGCACAACCAUGGCUGAGACGGCUGCUCGGCUGAGCGGCCGCGGAUCUCCAGCCCCCUGCGCGGCCGGCUUCCUCGCUCCCCUCCUGUGUGUCAGCGCCGUGCAACUUGCCCUCACCAUCGGCUUCAUCUGUUACUCCCAGAGCCAGUGGCUACAGAAGAAUCCAAGUGGAAUCUCGGAAGAGUUCUUGCAGUGCCUGAGACUGAUAUCUCAUUUUAACAGCAGCACCCCAAAUCUCUCAGAGAUGGAAACGCAGAAGAUCUCCAAGUCCUGCUCACAAGCGCUGCAAGGAGUGAAACAACUCGUCAAACAGGUGAUGCCCCCUUCUCCAAACAGAUCAGGACACAAAGGGCAAUUAUCAAGUCGUACAAGAAAGAUUUCACAGCGGAUGGCGCCUUACGCCCACCUCACUAUAAAGAGACCAACACAAAGCUCCACAGGUGUCAGGACCAGUUUUCCUGGAUUAAAAGGCAAACUCAUCACAUCUUGGGAAGAAAAGGUGGGAGUCGCGCACCUGAGUGAGAUGGGCUACAGCCAGGGAUCCCUGAAAAUCAAACACCAUGGCCUGUACUAUAUUUAUGCCCAGAUCUUGUUUCGGUAUCAUGCCGACUACCCCUUAAGUACCAAGGAAUACCAGCUGGUUCAGUACGUUUACAGGAAGAUGGCCAAGUACCCAAAGCCAACUCUGAUCCUGAGGGGUGCCAGCACAUGGUGUUCAGGUAACCACAACUUGUAUUCGGUUUAUCAAGGAGGAGUUUUCAACCUGCAAAGUGACGACAAAAUCUUUGUGACUGUCUCAAACAUAUCAUUAGUCGAUAUCGACGAGGCAUCCAGCUACCUGGGCGCAUUCAAACUGGAUUAAGUGAACUGUUAUCUUGGCAUCUUUAAACUUUCAUCUUUGAAUGGUGUACAUCCCGCAUUGGAAUGUUGGUUUUGUCAGCACUCUCUGAGCAGAAUUAUUCCUUGCUUGAAUAUAAAAAUUAAACAAUGGCUCUUGUAUUAUGUAAAGGCAUCUAAUGAGAAUCACUCGCCACUUAUUUACAGAAUCCACUCCGAUGAAUAACGAAUGAAGGGGUCAGAGGCUAUAGGUGUAAGAAACAAAACUAAAAUGUUAACAGGAUGGCACAGUGGUAAAGCUGGUAAAGCUGCUGCCUCACAGCUCCAGAGACCCGGGUUCAGUCCUGAUCUUGUGUGCUGUCUGUAUGGAGUUUAUAUGUUCUUCCUCUGAGCACAUGGGCUUCCCCUCAUUCUUUUGCAAAUCUGAGAAAACAUGUAGGUUGAUCGCUUGAUUUGCUGCAGUAAUUGCCCCUGGUGUGUAGGUGAGUGGAGGGGGGAGAGAAUAAAAGUGGGAUUAAUGUAGUAUUGGUGCAAAUGGGUGAUUGAUGGAUGGCACGGACAGGUUGGGCCGAAGGGCCAGUUACUGUGCUGCAUGAUUCUAUUAAUCUAUGGAUUAUUAGGAAUAAGGCAACAGCCAAUGCCCUCAUGAGACAAGGGAAACAUUGUCCUUCCUCAUUGAACUAGCGACCCAGGUUGCUUCGUGAUGUCCCACAGUGCUUGAAGUGGUGAUGUGAAGUGGAAUUUUCGCAAUAAAUGGCAUUAUUCUAUAUGUGUAGCCACAGGUAAAUCUGAAACCUCGGUCACAAGCCUAAGUGUGAUCUAACUUGGGUUGUUUUAGAGCCAGCAUUUAGUUUUGGUGCCACCACAUUGAGCACCCAAUGUUCUUGCAUGGGAGCCCUGGCAGAAGGUAAGAGAUUGAGAAGGUUUAAAUCACAAGUUUGGCAAAUCCUCUCCCAUGAUUCUUUAAAAGAAUCUUGCUCUUAAAUCACUGAAUGAGCCAUUAGUAAUGACCAGGCCAUACAAAAGGUGCUCGGCAGCUAUGAUUGGAGCCGAUGGUGAGAUCAUAAUUAAAUUUAAGAUGGUGGUUGUAAUGUGAUCUGCGAAGAUAGGAACAGGGCAUGUCCCAUGGCCCUACUUUUUGCACUCCUAACCAUAGCGUCCAUUGCAAAUGCAUGUAUUCUUCGCAAGGAUGAAGAAAACUGGGGCAGAAGUUGGCCUCUUGGCCCUUCAAGCCUGUCCUACCAUUCAAUACGAUGAUAGCCAUAACUUAUUUUAAGACAAAUAUGCAUUUAGGAUAUCCCUUUGUGGAAUGAUGCAACGCAUAAUGCCAUCUUCUCAAGAGGUCUCGCUCUGUAUCAAUAAUAGAGAUAGCGAGUGAGCAAGCAAUGCUUCACUGUAAAUUAUAGUUAAAGAAAGUUUUGCUGUUGAUAUUUGCUGUACAUUUGAAUUUUUGUUUAAGAAUUUGCUACUCCAAACUUUUAUCUCAAGGUAAUGAAAACCGAAUAAACCGUGCCUUUGAAUAAAAUCUAUUUCUGUA